AUGAAGCGCUUCUUGCGGAGCAUCUCGCUCAGCAAGAAGAAGGAGAAGGCCCCUACAUGUGCCGAGGACACAGGCAGCAGGCAACUCCCCGGCAGCAGACCUUCCUUCCUGCUUGACGUGCAGGCGAGGCUGAGAGUACAAGCAGCGAACAAGCUCGCUUCCAAGACGAAGUUCUGCCUCUCCUUUGAGUUGGGGGAUGAGAAGUUGGAGACAAGUCGGAAGAAGCCAGCUCCUCUCGUGGAGUGGAGCGAGGCGAUCAGAUUUGAAGUUGGAGAAGACUUGCCUUCGAGACUUUCCUGUACUGUGACGAGAUGGGAAUCGAAGAGAUCGUUUCCUAUGGGGAGGUGGGAGGUGAGGAUAGAGGACGUCAGGCAGGUGUUGCUCUUCUCUGUUGAGGACCGCGUCUCUUGCGAGGGGAAGCAGGCUGUGCUGGACUUGUCAGACGGUGUGAAUCGCGGGACAUGCGAGAUUCAUGCAGCUUGUGAGGUUUGUUUAUCUCGUGAGGCGAAGGAGUUGAACCGGAUGAAGAGGAGAGCCUUCGGGCAGGUCGAGGCUGCGGUGAUGGCGAUGAGAGUGGGGAAGUCAAACUUUCUACGCUGUCGGGCUGCUGCCGCUAGCCUGCAGACGACAGCGCGGAGGAGGCUGCGUCAGGUAUCUGCCAUGAGACUAUCUUCCUCGCUUCAGAUGCUGGUCCAACGACAGCGAUAUGGAUCGCAGCUGGUUGGCUGUGAGGAGCUCAAGAGCAAGAUCAGACAGCUGGUGGUCUUCCUCCAUCGGCUGAGUGUCAUACACGAGGUUGCGAUCCUCCAGGCCCAAGUUAGGAGAAUGUGGUCUCAGCUCGAGCAUUUCUACGACAUGGAAUGCAUAAGGGUGGUUCAAGCGACGCUGAAGAGGCUGGUGAGGAGAAGAAGGUUUGUCAACAUCAUGAGGUCCCUUCAGAUCAUCUCCCCUCGCGUCAGACUCUACGUGCACAAGCUCACCAGCAGGAGAGAGGCCAGACCUCCAGCUCUCGUCUCCCCUGCGGCUCCAGCCAUCACGUCGCUCGGCUCCCCUCAGUGUGCGAGGAUUCUGCAGGCGCAUGUGAGGAGGAGGAUCGCGAUGUCGAGGAAGCUGAUCCCUCCCCUUGCAAGAAUGCUGGUCAGGUCCCCGCCCAAGAGCUUCGCCCCCUCUCCUCCUCGAGAGCAGCACAUCGAGAUGCACGGGGAGUGGAGGCGUCAGUCGAAGGAGCACAUGUACCAGCUGCAGCGAGAAUGUGCCAAGGUCAUCGUGGCGAAGAUACAAGCGAGGUUGACGAGGCGGGACUACGAGCGGGCCUGGAGAGACUUCGGCGCCUUGUGCUGGCGUCUCAAGGCGGUCGCCUACCGCCGCAAGCACGUGAAGAGGAUCAGCCAGCUGAUCUCGGGAGGGUUCUCGCGAAGUCUUGUAGAUCAGAAUCGCUUCUCAGCUCCGUCGCUCCAGCCUGAGCUGAGCAAGGGAGGGAGCUGGAGUUGUGGGCCAGAGGUCAGAGCGAUCCACAGCAUGGGGCAAGGGGAUCUCAGCAGCUCGAUUACACGUGGGGAUCUGCUGGACUCGGCAAGAGAGCUGCUGAAGGAGACGUCUCAGCUCCUGGACAGAGAAGAUACGGAGGAGGGAGAGAGGAAUGUCGGUGAGGGCGAAAGAGAUCGUAAAAAUGAGGAUGACAUGAGCAGGGAAACUCUUCCUAAUCCUUCAGAUUAUGCAGAUGACACCCGCGUCUACAAUGUCGAGUGCAAGCAGAAGAGACCGACAACAGUGACAGCAAGCAAGCAGGAGGAGUGGUGGCCGGACUAUGUGAACAUCGUUGAGAGAUGGAGGAAUUCCAACAACGGGAGCAGUGACGAGCAGGACGGGACCAUAGGAGUCUCUCUCCUCCAGACCAGGAAGAUCGGCAAGCGCGGCGCAAUCUCCUACGACUUCCCUCGGGUGCAGGAGAUCUUGCCAGGGGGAGCAGCCGACGUGGAUGGGAGGAUCCGCGUCGGCGACGAGGUCGUGGCGGUCGAUGGAACUUCGACGAGGAACUUGCAUAUCGAGGAGGUGGCGAGCAUGAUAGCAGGGAGGGCGGGGACAGAGAUUUGCCUGACCAUCCAGAGGCAGGAGGAGGAGGUAGACUUUCGCCUGUUGCGAUACAAAUACUUCCGCCUCAAGCAAGCAGGACGCUCAACGAUACCAGUGAGGGAAACACUCGUGGAUUCAGGCCGGUUGCUGGAUCGAAACCUGUGGCGACCCUGCUUGGAGCUGGAGGAGAAGAGAAGUUUACUGUCUGCGCAAGACAACAAACUCCUCGAUCAAACGCUGAGAAUCAUCCUUGAGGCUUCAGAAACGCCGGGCUGA